ACUACUGAAACUAUAAGAAUCUGGGUAAACAAGUAGAUUUUGAUCCACCUGAACCAUGGGAAGGAGGGGGCUGACUCCAUGGGCUUCAUCUCAAGACCGGAAGGAGUACUACUACCCUUUUGAAAAUGAAAGUAGCAAGUGCUCCCGUAAGCCCAAGCAGAGUUGUAGUCAGAUGUGUCUGGAUUAAGAGGCAAAGAAGUUGUUUUUAUAAGGGCCAAACAUACUCACUUUUAUCUUUUUUCAUCAGACAUAGUAUCUCCCUUGGAUAAACUAAGAUAUAAUAACGUUAGUACAAUCAUUCUUAUUAAUCAUACUAGAAAAUCAUACUCAGGCUAAAUAGAAGCGUUACUUGCCGAGCCAUUGCUCCAUUAGGGACAUCCCCUUUUGCUGUGUUCACUCUAAUUUUGAUUCACACCAAAGAUCAGAAGACUCAAGUUAAAUUGAAGCCUUACCAAUCCUUUAGACUGAAAAGGAUAACUCCCUUCUGAUUCCCAAAAGAGCGUGGGGAGAGAGCACCUCUUAUUCUUAACCCUUUCAGUAUUCAUUUAUUCUGCCAGUCACCCCACUGGCUUUAAUGAAUUCACAUGAAGUCCCCAGGAACGUCCAAAGUGUAAAAUAUUCACUCUCUGUUAAAGUCAGGGAUAUGUAGUGUUAAUGACCGCAGGUCCGGUUCAGAAAGAAUGUGCACCUUUGGCAGAGUGAUGUCAUGCCUUCAAAGGUGUCACACUGACAACUGCCAUUUUUAACUGCCACAAAACAGACUUUCUGCAACAUUCCAGAUGGUCCCCAGAGAGUUGAAUGUCCUGCAAUUAGUAUGGUUGGCUUAGUUAACCCACUCUGUUUGCCAUGAGCUGUAGCAAUUCUCUGGAACUGCAAUUUAUUAAGGCCAUAAACUGAAAUGUGGACUCUACUGUCUGCCCCAACAUCUUGAUACACUUUUCCAUGCUCAGGAACGUGCUGGGAGCGGGGAUGGAGUUUCCCAAACCCUGAAACUGCAAGUAUUAAGGAGCGAACUCUUCAGAGCAGAGAGGCCAGAGGAGAAACGAGAAGGCGACUCCAAAUUUAGUGCGGACACGGGUGACAUCUACCGGUUCACUCUUCUUUACGAAUGCAGGCGCUUACUCUUUCCCCUCCGAUGGCGGCUAUUUAAGGGCGAGCGGGGGGGCAACCGGGAGCGGGGGGCGCACCUCGGUUUGGCUCUGGCUUCCUGGCGGCCGGCCCCGUUCGCAGACCGCCUUCCUCCUUGCUCGGCUUAUUUCCGCGCUGAUGAGCAGCAAGGGUGGCGCGUCUCCUCUGGCAUAUGAGCAAACUGGUCAUUCCAGUAAGGAGAAAGUUCAGGUCGCCGCGCUUCUCGUCUCACGCCGAGGGUUCCACCUCCAUCCUCUCGUAAGAGGCCCAGCGGGCGCUUGGACGACAGGUGCUGCGGCUCAGCAGCUGGCCCCGGGAAGGCGGCAGGUGCUUCGGACGCUGCGCCGGGAUUGGCGGCUGAGCCUCUCACGGCUCCUCCGACCGCGCCAUGAAAAGGGGGGGCCUGGAUAACCCGGCUUUCCAGACCUCCAACCCGGAUCUUGUUGACCCGCAGCUCGCCUCGGCGACCCCGAGUGUCUUGCCGUCGCCGAGUUUGGUUGGCCCGGACGAGGAACUCUGCGGGAUUGGUCGGUGCGCUCCUCGCGCCCUGCAGGUCUGCAACAACGUCAAAGGGUACUUGGUCUUCUACAGCCUCCUCUCGGUCUUCCAAGGGAUUAUUGUAAAUGGAUUGAUAAAUGUGAGCAUUUCUACGAUUGAGAAGCGUUAUGAUUUGAACAGUUCCCUCACUGGCAUAAUCUCUGCUGGUUAUGAUAUUUCAUUCUCUGUGUUAUGCCUUUUUAUAUCCUUCUAUGGUGAAAGAGGUCACAAACCAAGAUGGCUGGCUCUCUCAUCUUUCCUGAUCGCAUUAGGAGCAUUCGUAUUUUCUAUGCCACAUUUCACUAGUGGAAAAUACAUAUAUGGAGAAAAAGUGGAAGACAUCUGUCCAGUACCUCCUUCUGGAGGCUAUAACAUGACAUGCCGCCCUGGCAGCAAAUCUAAACUUUCCAACUACUUCUAUGUGUUCUUGCUGGGUCAGCUCCUCUUAGGAGCAGGUGGAACUCCCCUUUACACACUGGGUACAACUUUCAUCGAUGAUAGUGUCCCAAAGCACAAAGCUUCGGUUUACAUAGGAAUUGGAUAUGCCAUGUCACUGCUGGGUCCUGCCAUUGGCUAUGUGUUAGGAGGACAAUUGCUUAAUGUCUAUGUUGAUUUCAAUCAUAAUAUAAGUGUAGACAUCACUCCAGAAGAUCCACGCUGGGUUGGAGCUUGGUGGAUAGCCUUUGUGAUAUGCAGCUUCUCUACAUGCCUUUUGGUAGCACCAUUUUCAUUUUUCCCAAAGCAUUUGCCAGGUACAAGCAAAAUACAAGCAGAGAAGAUUUCUGAAGCACAUCAUGAUGGAAAACAGACAUGUGAAUACACUGGGAAGAGUAUUAAGGACUUUUUUAUGAUUCUCUGGAUGCUGCUGAGGAAUCCAGUGUUGAUGUGUCUUGUAACAGCAGCUGCAUUAGAAGCUUUAGUCGCUACUGGUUUUGCAACUUUCUUACCUAAAUUUAUAGAAAAUCAGUUUGGAUAUACAUCUAGCUAUUCAGCUACCUUAGGAGGACUUGUUUUAAUCCCAGGAGCAGCAAUUGGCCAAAUCAUAAGUGGUACCUUAGUUUCCAAGCUCCAAAUGAAUUGCAAAACUAUAAUCAAGUUUAUCAUUGCUACUUGUUCGGUGGCGCUGCUAUUAAACAUGGUGUUCGCCAUUGCUAAAUGUGGGAAUGAACCAUUUGCUGGUGUUUCUGAAACUUAUAAUGGGACAGGCACGUUAUCAAACUUAACAGCCCCCUGCAAUGCCCAUUGUAGAUGUUUGCGUUCAGACUUUUUGCCCAUCUGUGGUGCAGAUGAAGUCCAGUAUUUUUCUCCGUGUUAUGCAGGAUGUACUACUUUUGUUCUUCAGAAACAUGAAGCAAAGCACUACAGCAACUGUUCCUGUGUUGGGCAUCCCGUAGUUGAAAUUGAGAAUACCUUCCAUGGGGCCACUUCUGGAAAAUGUAAAUCUAAGUGUACAGUCCUGCCUUGGUUCCUGAGCUUCUUCUUCUUCGCUGUUGUUUUCACAUUUAUGGCAGUUACACCAACAACUGUGGCCAUUCUCAGAUGUGUGCCUGAAAAUCACAGAUCAUUUGCUUUGGGUGUUCAUAUGCUGUUUCUACGAAUUUUAGGCACUAUUCCUGGUCCGAUCCUUUUUGGUAUCUCAAUAGACCAUACCUGCACCCUCUGGUCUAUAGAUAAAUGUGGACAUAAAGGAGCAUGUUGGACCUAUAACAACAGCAAAAUGGCAUAUAUGCUAUUUGGUAUAAGUGCAUGUUCCAAAGCAGUUUCUCUACUUUUUACUAUCAUAGCAUGUAUGUUAUAUAAGCCUCCACCAGAUCUUAUUGCGGCUUCAAAGAUGAAAGAUCAAACAAGCAUUUCAAUACAUCUUUAAAUGAAGAACAACUAAUCUUUGCAGAGAAAGUCAAAGAAAAAUCUCAGUGAUGUCCAAUGGCAGCUGUGACUUCUGAGUAAGAGUGAUACCAGCACUGGAGGACUCUGAGCAACUCAUUUAAUUUUUUUAAAAAAUAAAUACUGUUUUACUUUACAUCCAUUUUACUUCAAGUGUAUUUCAGUCACAUGAAACUUUUUUUACCUCUCAAGAGAGUAGUAUGAUUGUUUAAAUAUUUUAACCAGCCAAUCAACAUUAGGAAUUCAUUUAAUUUUAAUUACCUGCUCGAGUAACUCUGCAAAUGGUUGUGGGAAGAUGGAGAUGUUCCAUGAGACAUGGAAGUACCUUGAUAUGAAACAGCAUCUUCAGUGUUGGCCUGUAACAGGCAAGCACAAUCUUUCAGGCUGAGUGCCAAAGAUGGUGUUUUAGAGUACACCAGGAGCCACUCUCUCAAAAGAUUAUGGGCCAGGACAAAAAUGAAAUGAAAUAAAAUAAAAUCUCUUAACAUGAUUAUUAACCAUAUAUUUAAUAAUUUUUCACAUUAGUCCAUUUUAAAAUUAUGUUUUUUUAAUGUAUUUUAUUUAACCCCUCUUAUUUCUAUUCUGGCAAGUACAUAAAGGCAGCUAACAAAAUGAAAUCAACACCUCCCCUCAAAAUACCAGAUUACCCAAAGUUAAAAACAUUUACUAAAAUUAACCCUAACAUAUGCACUAAAAUCAUUGAACAAUUAAAGCCUGACACAAUCAGUUUUCUAAAUGCUGGAAGAGUGGAGAUCAAAUAUAAUUCCCAAUGAAGUACACUGUAUAAUGUGGGGACAACACAGAAGGGAGGUCCUCUUCUACAUGUCACAAAAAUUGGCCUUUUUAAGGUCAUCUUCAGAAGGGUAGUCCUUCAGAUAGUCAGGUCCUAAGCUGUUUAGGAUUUGGGGGAUCAGUGCCAACACCUUAAAUUGUACCCAGUAGCAACUGGCCCUGUACAGAUAUUUUGGUAUAGGUAUCAUAUGAAGCCUGAAUCUUGUACCAGAACAGCCUAGAUGACAAAUUUUGCUCCAACUGCAACUUUUGGAUAUUUUUCAGAGGUAGGCCCACGUUAAGUAGAUGAGAAUAGUCAAGAUGGGAUAUAAUCUAGGCAUGGAUAGCCAUCAUCAAAUUUGACUAGUUCAGAACAAGUUGCAGCUGGUGUAUUAGGUAUAAUUAUUCAGAGGUGCUGUUCGCUUCAGCUACCAUGCAUGAAUCCAAUGAUAGCUGAGGAUCAAGGAUCAUUCUCAGAUUGGAAACCGACUUUUUCUGUGGGAAGUGAACUCCAUCUGAAACAGGCUGAAUCUCAAUUCCCACAAAACCUUUCCUGUUUACCAAUAAUAUCCCCAUCUCAUCUGAAUUUAAUUUCAGCUGAUUCUUCCUCAUCCAGCCCUCUUGCAUCCUUGGAGUUGGGUGAAAAGGAUGAGGAUGGUUUAGGAUUGUUUGCAUGACAUCCUUUUUGAAAAUUUCAGAUGACUUCCCCCAAGAUGGAACCCUGAGGAUCACCACUGGUGCUGAAUGUGGUCCUCCAACACCACAUUCUGGACAUGGCCUGACAGACAGAACUAGAACCAUUAUAAAGUGAUGUCUUCAUGGCCCAAUCCUGCCAGGCAGCCUAGAUGGAUGUCAUGAGAUUCAGGAAGUCCAGCAGAGUUCUGACAGAAGUCAUCCACCAAGGAAACUGGUGUAGUUUCCUUACCAUGGCCAACUGAAAGCCUAACUGAUAUAGAUCCAGAAAAUUAGUAUCAUUCCCAUCUGUUUGAAGUUGCAAGGCCACUACCUUCCUGAUCACCUGUCUCAAAAAUAGUAUAUUUGAGAACGGCCUAUAACUGUACUGAUCUUUUACGUCAAGGAAAGUUUCCUUUAGUAAAGUUGUUAUUACUCCCUCUUGCCAGGAAGCCCUGAUCACUUCCUUUCAGCAUAGGCCAAUUUAAUCAGUCAAGGAGGAGUCAAGGAUUAUCAUGGCCAAUUUAAUCAUUUGGAGAGAAUAAUAACAGAUUAAGCUAUGGCUAGGUUACAGCCCUAAGACCUGCCCUAAACCUGUUAUUAAAACUUGGUUCACAAAGAAUGGUGCAAGUAGCCCACAGUGAGCCAGUAACUGUUUCACCACACUCAACAAUCGAAACUGCAGUUCAGCAAUACUAUUUGAAAUUAGUCUUGGGCCACUUCCAAGGACUUGAAGGCUAUGUCUAAGACUUAGCACUGAUGUAUUCAUUUCAACACUCACAGCAUUUCAGGUAUUUCCUUGAUACGUAAAUGCUGAGCGACAUUUUGGCCUACAUUUAUAAGAAAUCUCUGGCUGCAGGUAUCAUGAGAGACCACUGUUAUUUGCAUUUAUGAAGCAUGGAGAACCAUUCUGCUCUAGUGCUCAUCUUCUUGUCUGUUUUGUAAAGUUAUCUGAGAUUUGUUUGGAUUGUCAGCAGCAAAUGGGCACUGUAAAUAAGGCUGUUGAAUGGGACCAGAUCAGGGAAAGCAUAUAUCUUGGUGUGUGUGUUCUUUUUUCCACAAAUUUAUUCAUUUCUACAAUUUGCAAUGGCAAAAUGUUUUUAUUACAUUAAAGAAGUUUACUUUUAUUAAAGAACAUUUUUAAAAAGAUUGGAAUCUCAUCUUACAGUGCUCAGUGCAUACUAGCCAGUGUGGUGAUAUGUGUCUUUAUAAGGAAAAGACCUCCAUGUGGUUAAAUAUGUUCUCAAUAAGUUUUUUUGUGAGAAUGCUGAUUUAUUACAUUAACAGUUUAAUCAGUGGAUAGUUUUGUAACCUCACUGAAAAAUGAAGAGAAAAGAUAGGGAAAGAAAACCAUCUAACUUCAUUUUAAGCAAGUCAUGUAACGUGAAAGUGCCUUCAAUAUUUGAACUAUAUUCAAGUUAUAUAAUUAGUGGGUAUCCACAUGAGCACUCCGAGAUUUCAGAGACCUGCAUUUGACUUCUGCCUAGAAGUGUGAUACCACACUUUUCAAAUUGCUUUGGAGCUCCCCCUUAAGACUUAGAAAAGGUACUUUAUUUUGCUCCAAAAUAUAUAUUUUUUAAAAUUGCUCACUUGGAAGUGGCAGACAGUUCAUUAUAAACUUUGUGAUGCAUAUUUUUCUGUAGAGACCAUUCUUGAUAUAUGUGUCUGUAUGUUUUAAAUACCUUUUACUUCAGGGUAUUUAAAUUUAGUAAGUGUUUGGAAGCGUGAUUAUAAAUAAUGAGAUGAAUAAUAAUGUAUUAAACUUGCAUGCUGCCCAACUCUCGACUACUCUGAAUAUUGAAUAGAAGGAGAAUUGUAGUACCUUUUGGCCUGCCUUACCCCACUUUAAACCUUACAUCAAUUUAGCCACUCUGUGCAUCUGAUAAAGUGAGCUGUAGCCCAAGAAAUCUUCUGCCUUCUUAUACAAUGUUUUAGUUGGAAAAGGUGCCACCAAACUCUUUCUGAUUUUUGUCACCAAAGGGGGGGCGGUGACAAAGACAGGUCUAUAAGAUAAUGCAGUUGUAUCUCCAGAAAAUCCUGUGUGAAUAUGAAGGAAUUCUGUCUUCCCACGGGAACCUGUCUGUUCUAGCUGCAGUCAAUAAGCAGUUGUUCUUUGAAAGUUUCCAGGAUGCUAUUCCAAGGUUGCUGUUGAGUGCUGGAGUGUAGCAUGGUUAAUUAUAUCAGGAAUAUGUUUUCUGAAAUAAAAGGCAACAUUCUAUGCAAAUAACCUGAAUGGACAACAUUUGGUUGUGUCCUUGCACAAUAUUUUAAAGGAAAGAAGCAUUUAUUUUAGAUAAUCAUACAAUGUAAAUGAUUUUGUAUUUUACUUUGUUCAGUGAGAACCUGUGUAAUUUAUUUGCAUUGAUUAAAGCACUUUUCAACGUUGGUA